GUACUUAUUUUUAGUGUUGCUGAUAAGAUGCUGACAAAUUUAUUCGCUCCGAAUAAUCUUUUGUCGAAUUCAUAACAACUUAACAGUUUAGAGCUAAACAGUUUCCUAAAAUGUAACGUUGGCUGAAAACUUUUAUUGAGUGUCCCUUGGAUUGUCUUUAAAUUCUCACAUAAAAGGGUUCGUAUUGCUUAUUUCUUUACACUAAAAGACAAAGGUUGCGUUAGCUUCCGUUCCUUUCCCUCCCCUCCCCUCCUGGCUGGAGUGAGAGGGUCUGCAGUCAGCUCUCUCCAGCCCUGCCUCAACUAAUCAAAUCCCUGAUGAGCAGGGGGUUGCGGGAUUAGAAGCCUAUAUAAUCAGGUGUGUAGAGUAAGGUUGGAGCAAAAGUCUGCAUACCCAGUAGUAGCUGCUAUUAGCAAGGCUUGUGUGUUUACACUACAGCGUUGGUCCCUUUUGUAUUGGCAUUGAGUAUUCAUUUCGGAAGCAGUUUAUCGUUUAAGAACCAAACGGAAGCAAACAGCAACACGAGAGUUUGUAUUGAAAAAAAUAAGAGAUGUGAGGGUACCUACAGCUGACUGAAGUGAAGACCAGAAUCUCAACCAUGGGGAAGCGGUAUUACUGCGACUACUGUGACCGGUCCUUUCAGGACAACAUGCACAACAGGAAAAAACACCUGUAUGGUGUUCAACACCACAGAUCUAAAAAGGCCUGGUUUGACAAUUUCAGGGAUGCAGCAGCCAUCCUGUAUGAUGAACAAACUAAGAAACCCUGCAGGAAAUUUCUUCAGACAGGCCAGUGUGUGUUUGGCAACAACUGUAGGUUCUCUCACAUGUCAGAGAGGGACAUGGAGAACUUAAGAAUGCAGAUUGAAGAUGAAAGACGGAGCAGAGAGGACCCGGAGCACAGAUCGUCCCCUGAGCGGAGCAUAGAGGAGUGGCUCACCAGGAGAGAGAAGAAGAGAGCCGCCCUCAGCAGUGGAAGUGUUCUGAAAGAGGAAGAUGAGGAGGAUGAAGAUAAUCAACCAGAGAAUGACAUACCUCCACAUUUCCUCACCAUUCCUGACCUUCCUCCCUCCCUUCUGCCCCCUCCCCCUGGAGGAUGGAAAGUCAAAGUCAGAACUGAAUGGGGUUGAAGGGGCAGUGCAGUUAAUGGCAGUCCCACACUGAGGUCAAAAUAACAUCCUGAAAUUUGUUACAUAAAAGGGGCAUUAUCACAAUUGUAAGAGCUGUUUGGGGAAAAAAAAAAAACUAGAAUUUCAACCUAAGGUGGAUUUUUUUUGGCAAACUGAUCUGAUUAUUCUGACCAAUGACCAGUUAUCUUUUAUUUGCAUAUGUAUCCUACUUUGAAGGGGUGAGCAGGGUAGGCUCAGUCUAGAUGAUCCUAUCUGCCAAUCAGGGUUGUGUAUAUUAAUAUAUUUAAGUGUGUAUCAACACGAUCAGACUGAGCAUUUCAAUGGCAAAAGGAGCCCCAGGGAAAUAAAUAUUUUCAUGAAAUAAAGACACAGUGAUUUAUUAGACAUACAGUGAUUUAAAAAUGAUUAAGACUGCAUGGGAACUUUAAAGCUGGUUCAUCAUUUCUUGCUCAAAGUUUGAUGUGGUGAUGCAAGAACGGAUCAUUAAUUGCUAUUAGGGCUCAAGCUUUUACUUGAUAGAAGUGAGUGAAUUUGUAAUCUUCACAUUUUAAUUGAUUUUCUCCAUCACAGACUACAUUAAAAUUGAGUUGCGUGCAUGCAGA